UGAUGGCCAGUCUGAUCAACCAGACCCCAGACCAUCCUGUACCCUUUCUCAUCAGCCACCUGCAGACCAAGCCAGGCAGCCCCGGCAAGCUGCACAGAACACUGGCGGGCUCCGCCGCUCUGUGGGCCCAGAGCGGUGCAGCGGAGAGUGAGGGAGGUCCUGACUUCAGGAGUUAUGAGAAGCACUGGCAGAUCCACCCGAACAAACCCAAGAAAUCCAAGAGUGAUCUGGCUGUGUCUAACAUCUCCCCUCCUUCAGCAGAAUCUAAGUCCU